AUGUGCGGCGAGCCGCCGAGCAUCGUCCGGCGAAGACAGGCCUCCGAGCCCCCGCUCGUGCGGCGCGAGGCGGAGUUCGACAGGCAUAGGAACGAGGCCUACGAGAGGCGGCUGCAGGCGGGCCAGGCGGAGCUGGAGGCGUCGAAGAGACCCUCCGCGCCCGUGGCGCCCGCGAGCCCAUCGUGGCUGGCCACUCAGUCCAUGGACCUCGACUGCGAGAAGAUGAACGAGGUGAUGCUGGCGCUCCAGCCGGUGUGCCCCUCCGAGGACUCGCUGACGAGCACGCGCCAGCCCUCGUCGCCCGGGCAGAGCACGCGGCAGUACUCGGGCGGGGACGUGCGGAGCACUGCCGACGAACAGGAGACUUCGAGGAGUUCGGCUACCACCAGCUGUGGAUGCAGGGCUGCCUCGCCCCGGCGCACGUGA